GCACGCUGCUUCUGCCGUAAAGCGCUGCCGGCGAGCCCGCGUGGGUCGGUUGGCAAGAUUACUUCCAGGUGAAAAGCGAGCCCCUUGGAAGGGGGCGAACUUGUGAUCGCCAUGGGCAAACGCGGGAGCCGGAGCCAGAGCCAGCUGAUCAACACUCUGACUAAGAAGCAGAAGAAGCAUCUUCGCGAUUUCGGCGAGGAGCAUCCCUUCUACGACAGGGUUUCCAGAAAGGAAGCAAAACCACAGAUUUGUCACCUGUCAGAGAGUUCAGAUUCUUCGAGUUCUGAAAGUGAAGCGGAGAGUGAACCAGAACAAGUUUCUGGUUAUCACAGACUUCUCGCUACAUUAAAGAGUGUUUCCAAGGAGGAGGAGGAGGAGGAAGAGGAGGAAGAGGAGGAAGAGGAAGAAGAGGCAGAAAUGGAUCUUGAAGAUGGUGAUGGCGACGUGAGUUCGGAGGAAGACCCGGCAGCAGAGUCUGCAGACACGCGCAAGAGGGGGCCCUUACCUGCUGACCCAGAAGGAAAAGAUGGGCACGGGCUACCUAGCACAUCACAGGAAUCCCCCGAGGAGUUUACAGAUGUGAAACACGAGUCACUCUUCAGCUUAGAAACCAAUUUUCUUGAAGAGGAAAGUGGAGGCCACACUUCUCUGAAAGCAUCACAAGAUCCAUUUGUACAGCAUGUGCACAAAGAACUGAAAGAAAAAGAAAUCCAGGCUGUUGCCACAAAUCCCAAAACUACCCAUGAGCUAAAAUGGCCCAUCCUGGGCCAGCUUGUCUUUUCAUCCAAGUUUCAGAAGUUGGAAACCUUUAAACCUCCAAAGGACAUUGACUUAAAGUCGCUCCAUCUCCAGAAGCCUCUGGAAUCCACCUGGAUCAAGACCAACAGCCAGUUCCUCUCAGGUUCCCAAAAAUCAGGCAGCCCUUUCACACCCCUCCAGAAAGAGCUCUUCUUAAUUAUGAAUUCUUACCGGGACCUGUUCUACCCCGAAAGGACCGCCCUGAAGAACGGGGAAGAGAUCCGCCACGUGUACUGCCUGCAUGCGAUAAAUCACGUCCUCAAAGCCAAUGCCCAGGUGCUUGGCAACAACAGCAGACGCCGAAGCCAGAAACUUGGGGUGGGAGACGAUGAUGACUUCAGGGACCAGGGGCUGACAAGGCCCAAGGUGCUGAUAGUGGUGCCCUUCCGGGAAGCUGCCCUGCGGGUGGUGCAGCUCUUCGUCAGCCUCCUUGAGGGCGACAGCAAGAAGCAAAUAAUUGUAAGCAACAAAAAGAGGUUUAAUGGAGAGUAUGGCUCAGAUCCGGAGGAGAGGCCACCCAACCUGAAGAGGCCUGAGGAUUAUGAAGCUGUGUUUGUUGGCAACAUCGACGACCACUUCAGAAUCGGAGUGGCCGUACUGCAGAGGAGCGUCCGCCUUUACGCCCCCUUCUACUCUUCCGACAUCCUCAUCGCCUCCCCUCUGGGCCUGAGGACCAUCCUUGGUGGAGAAGGAGAGAAGAAGAGAGAUUUUGACUUUCUGUCUUCUAUUGAGCUUCUCAUCAUUGACCAAGCUGACAUUUACCUGAUGCAGAACUGGGAGCAUGUCCUGCAUUUGAUGAACCACAUGAACCUCCUGCCCUUGGACUCACACGGGGUGGACUUUUCUCGAGUGCGGAUGUGGAGCCUCAAUAACUGGUCCAAGUACUAUCGCCAGACGCUGCUGUUUGGGGCCCUGCAGGAUGCCCAGAUCAACUCCGUGUUCAACAAGUACUGCGUCAAUGCCCAGGGCCAGGUGGCCGUGAGGAACGUCCCGGUGACAGGCUCUAUCAGCCACGUCCUGGUGCAGCUCCCCCACGUCUUCCAGAGAAUGGAGGCCCAAGACCUCGCUUCCGUGAUUGAUGCCAGGUUUACCUUUUUCGUGAACAAGGUCCUGCCUCAGUACCGGGAUGCGGUCAUGUCUCACACGCUUCUCUACGUCCCCUCCUACUUCGACUUUGUGCGGCUCCGAAAUUACUUCAAGAAGGAGGAGCUGAGCUUCACUCACAUCUGCGAGUACACCCAGCGGCCCGCCGUCUCCAGGGCCAGACACUUCUUUCUUCAAGGAGAGAAGCAGUUCCUGCUCCUCACAGAGCGCUUCCACUUCUACAAGAGAUACACAAUCAAAGGCAUCAGGAACCUGAUUUUCUAUGAACUGCCAACAUAUCCGCACUUCUACAGUGAGGUCUGUAACAUGCUCAGAGCCACCGCCAGCGGGGAGGAAGCCGCCUGGACCUGCACCGUCCUCUACUCCAAGUACGACGCCCAGAGGCUGGCUGCUGUGGUUGGCGUGGAGCGGGCUGCGCAGAUGCUGCGGUCCCAGAAGAGCACCCACCUCUUCAUUACUGGGGAGAGAUGAGAGCCGGGCAGCCGGGCAGCCGGGAUGCUGGAUUCUGUGCCCCUCGGACCCGGUUCUGGUCACUUAUCCCAAGGGCUGCUCUGAGGAAGGAGCAGCAGGCAGCGUCCUACAGACACUUCUUUCCUUUCAGAUGAUAGAGCCCUGAAACGUUCAGUGUCAGCCACAUUUUGGUUAAAGCGCAUCUUUCAGAGAUCAGGAAAGAGCUAAUGGGACUCUGAGAAGUUAGUAGAGGAAUCUUCCACUUGUGAAUCAUUUUGUAAGCCAUACAUUCUUGUACCGUGAUUUCACUUCUAAUUUAUUACACUUGGUGAAUUCUUCAGA